GGUAGGUGUCAGGCAUAAAAUGUUGGGAUCUGCGAAGUGGCAUCGGUUCCAUUUCGAAAAUAGAGCAGCAGAUGCCGAAAAAUCGGGCUUGCCAAAUUAGUACGAGGCCGACUUCUCACGAUGCCGACGACGUUGCAAAUCUCCGAGAUAACAGCGUUGUUCGUUUAUUUUGUGGCAAUCGUCAUGGUGGGCAUUUACGUGGCCGUCAUAUGUUGACACGUGAAUUAAGAAGGGGACGAACGACCGAACAUAAAGACCGAAUCGAGGUAACAGGAACCUAACACCAUGUCUUUCAAAGAUCAUCUCGAAAUGAUAGGGCUCAAUGAGUCACCUUCGAAGAAAGCCAAAUUCUGGCAGUCCUUCGUCAGAUCCCUCAAAGGAUCGGAUGACAUAAGGGCCAGCGAUUCCGUCCACUCCCGCAGGGGCAUCUUCCGCCCGCUGAGCGACAUCCCCGAGCUCUCCUCCCACUGGCCCUACGGCAAGUCCAUCUACGACGACCCUAGCGCCGCCGCCGAGCGCAUCCAAGUGCCCGGCUACAGAUACGACCCCCUACACAGAGACACUUACGGCUACUCGCCGCGUCAGAUCUACCCGCACAACUACGGAUCGCUCGACAGAUACCGGCCCGCUUUCCACAUCACCAAGCCCAAAGCCUUCGACGCCGACAGGGCAUGGAAGGACCACGUGGACCGCGUCAAGGGCCGCGAGCCCAGCCAAUGGCCCAACGGUGUAUUCCACACCACCUACCCCUUCUCCCGCUACCCCCUCUACCUCGUGUACAGCAAGAGACCACCACCGGCGGCCGACAAGUACGACCCGCACCGGUCCUGGUUGGACCACUUGGACCGGCUCGCUGAGCUCGACAAGCUGUACCCUACUCUGUGGCCGUCUUUCGGAAACAGCAGGUCACCAACUCCCACCAAGGUUGGACAGUACGCCCCCCGCCCCUCGGAGGUAGCCUUCAACUACGCCGGCCAGCCGAUCUACUCCCGCGGAGGCCUCUAUCCAAGUAAGACUCUCCUCCACGACCUCCUCAACCCCUCUCCGAGCCUUCCCAUCUCGGCGGUGACCAGAGACCCCUUCUGGUGGGACUCGCCCCUCAAACCCGCCUCCUCCUACAGCCCCUGGGGCAAGAGCCCCUUCUACCUGCGCGACUCGUACCUCUCCCCUGUCAAGAGGACGUUCCUGUGGGACAAACACCCCGUCAGGCCGUUCGCUGCAGUUUACUAAGUGAGUAAUCCACAGAAAAACAUACAGAAACAAAUCAUGGAUCAACAUAAUAUCAGCGACUGACUGAACAAUGAAGAAGAACAUGAAACUUGAAAACAUCAACUUGACUCUUUCAAAUUAUAAAUAUCUGAAUUAAACAGUGCCUUAAAUUAUACCCAAAAAAAUUCAAAAACUUAUCGAAAAGUACCUAUACAAUAUUGAAAACAAUUGAAUUAUAUUAAUUAGGUAUAAAUAAAUUGAUACUUCCUAGUGAUGAUUUUAUAUACUGUCUGAUCUUUUAUAACGAAAGCGUGUCUCGCAUUCCAUCAAAACGUAAAAUCAUCCCAGGAUGUCAUCAUCUAUGAAAUUCAAUAAUUCUAUCGAUACUAUUGUUUUAUUUAUUUAUUGUAUACAAUACAAUUCAUCUGAUCAAUAAAGUAAAUGUGGUGA